AACGGAGAUGGUGGACGCUUGGAUGGCCUUCGAGGAAGCAGCAUUAGCACGGAGAAUGUCCUCCGCCCGCGGCAAGUUUUUUCUCAUGUUAGCUGCGGAUGACUACGCAAGUUACCAUCGGGUGGUAGCAGAGUGGUUACUCACGAUCCACGAAAGGUUCAACAACCAACAGCUCGUCCCGGCGGUCCUGGAUUUUGGCCUCAACAAUCUUCGUCCAGUCAAGAACUCCACGAUCGAAACCUACCUGGUCUUUGACGCAGACAGAAAACUCGCUCCCAUGGAUACGGGAGCGCUUUUCUUCGAGCUGUUGGAAAAAUCCGAGCUACAGAAGCGAGGACGAGAAGAAAUGCAACUCCAAGGGUUCUGUAGCACGGCGGAUAUUACUCGUCUGGAAACCAUCUUCACCGCUGCCUACAAGUACACAGAGUUUCUUUCGGCAGCAAAACGCUACGCCGACGUGCUCGAGGUGCUCGGACCGACG